AGGAAAAUCUAAAGGGCCGCCGCCAUAUUGUCGACCUGUCAGCAGACGCGGCGCUGCCGCCUUUGCGCGUCUCCUGCGGCGGCGGGAUCACCCUCAGGGGAGGAGAAGAGCGCCGACGCUCGGAGCGGCCCGCAGCGCCUCCUGGCCGGCUGCCGAGGGGGACUGCGCGGCCGGGCCUCCCCCUCGGCCGAAGCAAACUCGAGGGAAGCGGCGACAACGGAAACAACUGACGAGAGUUCGACGCCUCAGCCCCUGCCAGGCGAGGGAGGCUGGGAGGGACGCCGGGGAGGCGGCGUGUGCCCACCUUCUGAGGCUGCGAGGCCGCGGCUCGCCUCUUCCCACACCGGCUCUUACCUGGGCAGCAGAAAGCUACAAGACUAGUACAAUAGAUGAUUUGAAGGAACAAGAAGCACAGAAAAGGAGGAAAAUGCCGAAACCAAUUAAUGUAAGAGUUACCACGAUGGAUGCAGAGUUGGAGUUCGCCAUCCAGCCCAAUACAACAGGGAAACAGCUUUUUGAUCAGGUUGUAAAAACAGUUGGCCUUCGCGAAGUCUGGUUUUUUGGACUGCAAUAUGUAGACAGCAAAGGAUACUCAACUUGGUUGAAGUUGAACAAAAAGGUAACACAGCAAGAUGUAAGGAAAGAAAAUCCCCUUCAGUUCAAAUUCAGGUCAAAGUUUUUUCCUGAGGAUGUUUCUGAAGAGUUAAUUCAAGAAAUAACUCAGAGACUCUUUUUUCUGCAAGUCAAAGAAGCCAUCUUAAAUGAUGAAAUCUAUUGUCCACCAGAAACUGCAGUUCUGCUGGCUUCUUACGCUGUUCAAGCAAAGUACGGAGAUUACAACAAGGAGAUACAUAAAUUAGGAUAUUUGGCAAAUGACAGACUUCUUCCCCAGCGUGUUUUGGAACAACAUAAAUUAACAAAAGAGCAGUGGGAAGAACGAAUACAGAACUGGCAUGAAGAACACAGAGGGAUGUUAAGGGAAGAUUCUAUGAUGGAGUAUCUCAAGAUUGCACAAGACCUGGAAAUGUAUGGCGUCAACUAUUUUGAAAUAAAGAACAAAAAGGGAACUGAAUUAUGGCUUGGUGUUGAUGCUUUGGGCUUGAAUAUUUAUGAACAUGAUGACAAGUUGACUCCCAAGAUUGGCUUUCCCUGGAGUGAAAUAAGAAAUAUUUCAUUUAAUGACAAAAAGUUUGUCAUAAAGCCCAUUGACAAAAAGGCCCCUGACUUUGUCUUUUAUGCACCACGUCUGAGAAUAAAUAAGCGAAUAUUGGCAUUGUGUAUGGGAAACCAUGAGUUAUACAUGAGAAGGAGAAAGCCAGAUACGAUUGAAGUUCAACAGAUGAAGGCCCAGGCUAGAGAAGAGAAACACCAAAAACAGUUGGAGAGAGCGCAGCUAGAGAAUGAGAAAAAGAAAAGGGAAAUAGCAGAAAAAGAAAAGGAAAGAAUAGAACGUGAAAAGGAGGAACUGAUUGAAAGGCUAAGACAAAUUGAAGAACAGACCAUGAAAGCCCAAAAAGAAUUGGAAGAACAGACAAGAAGAGCUCUAGAGCUGGACCAGGAACGGAAGAAAGCAAAAGAGGAAGCAGAACGCCUGGAAAAGGAACGCAGAGCAGCAGAAGAGGCAAAGGCCACACUUGCAAAACAGGCUGCUGACCAGAUGAAGAAUCAGGAGCAGCUGGCAGCAGAACUUGCUGAAUUCACUGCAAAGAUUGCGCUUUUGGAAGAGGCCAAGAAGAAGAAGGAAGAAGAAGCUUCAGAAUGGCAGCACAAAGCAUUUGCAGCCCAAGAAGAUUUGGAAAAGACCAAAGAAGAACUGAAGACUGUGAUGUCAGCUCCUCCGCCACCUCCACCGCCACCAGUAAUUCCUCCUACAGAGAAUGAACACGAUGAACAGGAUGAAAAUAAUGCUGAAGCUAGUGCAGAAUUGGCUUCUGAAGGGGUUGAGAAUCACAGGAGUGAGGAAGAACGAGUAACAGAGACACAGAAGAAUGAACGUGUUAAGAAACAGCUCCAGGCCCUGAGUUCCGAGUUAGCACAAGCAAGGGAUGAAACCAAGAAAACUCAGAAUGACGUCCUUCAUGCUGAGAAUGUCAAAGCAGGCCGUGAUAAAUACAAGACUCUUCGACAGAUCAGACAAGGCAAUACAAAGCAGCGCAUUGAUGAAUUUGAAGCAAUGUGAGAGCUGUUAUUUUGCAUAUAUGUUCUUCAUUAAGCUUGAACCACCAGCAGAGAAACACAGGCCUUUCCACUCAUGAACGGAACACACCCCACCUUGCCAAAGCACUUAUACCAGUUUGUGGUUAAGCAGCAUUUCAUGAGUCAUUCAACAUUAAGGCAGCCCUGUCAUCUCUGGCUCUUUGUGGGGUUGUGGUGGCAGUUUCCAUGAUCUCAUAUCCUAUGUUUUAUUCUUUCUCCUCUAAAAGAGUAGCACAGUCUCACACUAUUACCUAAGCAUUGAUCAUUUGAAAGGACACUGGCUUUCAACUUCACUGGCUGUGGUUUUGGUAUGGGUGCAUUUUGGGAUGUUCUCUUCAGUUUAGCAUAUUUGUAAGAAAAAUGACAUUGCUGAAUUGUGUAUUUUCAGAGUUUUUUCACCUCUAGAGUGGAAUUCUUUGGUGUUUCACGUCCUGUCAUCAUAGAUGGUUUUCUUUGCCUAUCUGUUCACAAAGGUCUAGAUGGCAGGUAGCCGUUCCAGCAUUAUCUCUUACUUUUUUAAAAAAUAAAGAAAUGGAACGUUAUCUGUAGAAUAUCUCCUACUUAUAGGUCUGUUUUUACUGAAGUUUUCAGUUACCAGAUAAAAGUAGGGAGCAGCUAAGUGCCCUAUUCUCUUCCCUUUGCAUCCUGUUAUCCCAGUGAAUUGCAAGGUGGAAAACCUGGACCUUUCUGGCAAGGGAGCAUAUGAAAACAUCGGUCCCAAGGAGGGGACAGAAUCCUACCUCACUAUAUAUACAUGAUGACUGGUCAUUCAAACACCACAUUGAAAUACUAACUGUGUUAAGCUGGGUUCCUCCCUAGAUAAACGCUACACAAGUCUAGGAGCUUUUAUUCUUUUAAUAUUUUUUGCUAGAACACAGCUUUCAAACAGUGUUCAGCUGCCUUUUUGUUGAGUAAAAUUGUGCAUUGUAUAUUUUACAUUUAAAUGUAAACCUAUCUCUGGUAUACUGUCCAAUGAGAGGGUGUGAAAUGGUUGGAUUGAACAUUAUUUUCUAGACUCCCUUGUACUAAACUAUCAUUGCUGGGGGUUGAUCGCUUAAUGAAGGCAGUGCAUGAACAAAUGCUGCCUUGUGCUUGUUUUUAGGGCCCCUUUGCACAUCACGUUCUUCCUGUUCACUUUGUGAUAACUGUGAAGGUAUACAGGAACAUCAUGCACAAUGCUCUACAUUUUCAUGAAAUCUGGUCAUGGAGAUGGUGGCAGAACAAGAGCAAAUGAGCUAUAUGAACAAACUUUGAUGCUGAUGCAUGCACUUAGUGAGCAUUGAAUGUACAUUAUAACUGGUGAGACCCUGUCUCAUCUAGUUCUCCUUGAAAUGACUAAUGAAAAACCUUGAAUUUUCACAUUGUUUAUAGAAAUCAAGUUAUAUUCUUGAUCUUUCACUAGCAGUUGGGAGAAAGAAGCCCUGAUUUCUCUGAGGAUGGUUCGGCUAUCUUUUGUUCGGUAUUAUGCACUCAAAAUUUACACUUACCUAUUAAAAUUGCCAUUUUGUUAAAUUUUCAUGCACAGGUUUCUUAUAAACAAUUCUGUUGAGGGUUUUUUAGGGGGGAAUAUACUGAAUUUAAGAAAGAUAUGUGGAGGAAGGACAUCAUGAAAGGAGAAAUAUAUAUUGUGCGCACGCGUGCAUACACACACACACAAGUAUUCCGGAUUUUGUGGGUAAAGGUAGCUGGCGAGCCUUGAAUAGAUUGGGCCACAAAUGCUGUGCACAUACUUAAAACACUGCUUGGUUUUCCUUUAGUGUUUCUGCUACUAGUAGCUGAACAUGGGGUCUUAUGUAUUGCAAGUUUUCACGCAGUGAAUCAUGAGACCUGAAUUUCCAAAGUGUUAGAAAAUUUUGCCAUAGCAGGUGGAACACUGUGCUAGUAUUUCCUGUUUUUUCCUGAAAUGUGUGCACAUGCAUUGAUAUGCCAGUCUGUCUGGCGGGAGGGGGGGGGAUACAAGUUAGGUUUGCUGUUCAUAAUCUACAGUGUAUAGGUUAGAAUUGAAAUGGAUAUAAUCCAUUUAUAAAUGCUGUGUGAAUUUUUCUAAGCAGUUGGGAAUAAACAUCUGUAACAACAAAGUUUUUCAUAGCUAACAAAGUGGUGAUAAUGAUCCAUCACCAGCUGUCGGGGAACAAUUAAAUGAUGCAGCAACAUCAAGGAAAUACAUGGUGAAGUAAUUUUGCGACAUGCUUCCCUCCCUUUCCCCUCCAUUAGCAUCAUGUUUUGUGUUGUAAAAAUCAAGUUACAAUUAAUAACAUCUAUUAUUUUGGAUAACAUUCAUUGGCUAACAAUAAAGAGAAUACAGUUCAUUCUU